AUCUCGGCCAGUUCACAUCUCCGCCGUGAAAAUUUCACCGCUAGACGUCGAUCCGCCCGCUACUAAAAGUGGCCAGUUUCGUCCCCCUAAUUGACUGAGAAACAAACGCAUCCCUUCCAUCCAACAACGCCUUUUUGCCAUCAACCUGCUCGGGUGACAACACACCAUGUGCCGCUUGAGAUACAUUUGAGAUGAGAAAGUGAAAACACGCACUGCCGAGGCCUCGUUUUCAUGUGCCAUAAAGACAACCACCGUAUGAAGUGCACCUAAAGAGUCAUGGACAUGGCGAACAGUGGGCCUCCCCCUGUUCUUGGGGCCCACAUGAUGGGGAACUUGAGCGUUCCAUUGGGCUCCACGAACUUGGCCGUGGCCUCCGGGAUGACCAUUAUGACCAUGGGAUUGGUUCUCGAGAACUUGGUCAAGCAAAGUGAUAUGAAUAGCCAAGCUCAUCCGCAAUCGCAACCAAAAAAUCAAAAUCAGAAUUACUCCAACUUUUCAAGACGAAUGUCCAAGAGCCGAAAUCCACACCGAUCACGGAAAAAAGACGGUCCAUCCCCCACUGAAGGCACAGAGUUCCUCCCGACCAUGUAUCCGGAUUCCUCUCGAUUACCCGAGUAUCUGACGAGCCCAAGGAAUUACGAUACGGUCCUCAACUACCCAGGCUAUUUCUAUAGCAAAGUGGGUGAUAAAUCUUACAAGAACAACGUGUCCUUUUACAACUACGGUUUGGCUCGGCCGGACACACCCGAAAGCAACAAUGAUGAAAAGGAGAACUUUGAGCCGUACACCUUCACAAAAAGACCCAUCACUAACGUAGACGAGGACACGCACGUCUUGGCUGGGUUUGAAAAUGAGCCAUUGUAUAAGAAGACUACUAGAGUCUUGGCGCCGCCAAAGACAUCAGUCUCGUUCAUGGACCUUUCCGAGAGUCCAUUCCAUGCCACUAACGAAGCCAUAAAGGCCAAGUUCCAACCUCAGUUUGGACAAGGGUCGUUCCAAGACCUUCCGGAGAAAGUUAAAGCCACCCAGGAACCGGAGGAAGAAAAGGAGUUUAGUACAUUCGGCCAGAAAGAAACUGUACUGGAAAAAUCGUUUUCCACUGAGCGAGGGCGAGUGAAAGUAGUGAGGAAAAAGGUACCAAAAGUCCCUCACAUUGGAGGAUUCCGCACCGCUACCCAUGACAUCAUUGGUAAAAACAUGAACGCAGUUGCCAAAGAAAGCGACCAAGAACCGCUCAAGGGGCAAAAGCACAACCAAUACCAGCCCAACAAAGAGUUUGUCCGACAGCCAACCCGAAGAUUUAAGGUCGGACCCACGGCAGUAAAGCCAUCUGUCAACGAAUCUUUGGACAUUCAAGGGUCUCCAAAGCCUUCCAAUCCAACCUUAACCACUACAGCAAAAUCGGUAGAUGGGAUGAAGCCAACAUCCUAUUCCUACAAAGAUGGACAAUCUUAUGUGCAAGUUAACCUUAACCCGGACGGCGUGGGCCAAGACCCGAGUCAACCAUCUAUCCCGGAAACAAAUGAUUCCAGGGAUUUCAACGUUAUUAAUCUCGGAGAGGAUGAGGAUUUGUUCAAUGAAGACCUCACCUUUAACGAAGACAACCAAUCCGGAGACCAGGACGCGCUUUACCCAAACACUUUUUUUCAUAACAUACCCAAGCCAACUCAUUCACAUGAAGACUUGGGGGACACAGCAGGGAUUGUUCAAGUUACAGAAGAAAGGCAGUCUUUUGGGCCUAUGAAAGAGCUAGAACCGGUCCGGCCGUCCAAGUUUCCCAAUUUUCCUAUAAGGAACCUUUAUCCAGGGGAGGCACCAAAGACUAGCACCAUCUCAACCACUACCACCCGUACACCAUAUUUAGUCCAAAUGUCCACCACUGUGCAGCCCUCAGAGAUCACUUGCAUUCACGAACCUUUUGCGGUCUUGGACCGUGUAAAGCCAACCAAUCGACCCACCACAAAAAUGGGACCAGUCAUGGAUGCAUUGAUCCCAGAGUACUUGGACGUGAUUCAGACAAGGAAAGAUACAAUUCCGCAACUUGGCCAUGGUUUGGAGGAUGUGGACAAGGCAUUCUUCAAUGGCUUGAACGAGCUCAAAGACCUCCAUGGGAGACACGAGGAGGAUACGAGGAUUGAUUUAGGAAAUACGGACACAUUCUUCAAAAUUCAACAAAAUUUCAAUAAAGGCAAUGUACUCAAGAGCGAGCCCGAUACUGCGUUGGUCCAUCUAGACGAGUAUGUGGAAAGCCAGGAUGAGAUUCCCGAGGGGCCUUUGUAUUACGGCGAGAUCGUAGAGAGACCUCCCCAUUUCGAUGAAAACGGCUUUGUUGAAGACAAACCUGACUCGGAGAAGGACAGAGACUUCUUGAAGAUUGUGGAUCAAUUCGAAAAUAAGUUAGUAACGGAGAGCAAUCACUUCAAAGACAAGGGCUACCGGCGGAAGAAGCAUCCUUUGCCUCAAGUGAUCCAAGAGCACGUCCAUGAUUUUCAGGAAAAUUUUGACACCUUGGACGGCCAUGAGCAAUAUCACGACACCGAUGGACACGCCUUUCACACUAGCCCUUCCUAUUCUGGCUCAGGGCCAGGUCCUUCCAGUCCACAAGAAAUCAUCCCGGAUGACAGUCACUCCAAGAGACCGCCGCCAAAUCAGUUUAAGUUUGGAGACUUUAAUAGCGAUAUCAAAGAGUUUGUCACAGAUGACCGGGAGAUCCUUGAACUGACCGAGUUCCCCAUUAGUGAGGAGAUGAUCUUUGAUGAGCCAGCUCAUCUGACUUUUGAACCCAGUGGACCAACUAACUAUGGUCAUUCAGGACCAGUCAGUGACGGCUACGACAUCCCAGAGCCUUCUUAUACCUUGGACGUGGAUAUGGAUUGGCAACGUAAGCAUAUCUUGUCUAAAAUCAAUUCCCGGAACCGAUUGAACAUCCCCCGGAGUCUCAAUCCACCUCGUCAUAAGGCUCAGUUCUCCGUGAUUCCACAAGAACUGAUCAGCGACAAUGACCCCGGGUUUCGACGUCGACAAGAGAUGCUGCUGAAGCUGCAGAAAAACAACAAAUUUCAACGUCUCCUCAAACAAUACGGAUUUGACCAGUUCGCACACAAACCGCUCAGCCGCAAGAAGAAGCUCAUGCUCAUCAAGCGCAUUCAGCAGAUCAAACGGAACCAACUGCGAAUGGCACAAAUACAGAAGAAUGGACCACAUUUGAGGGACCGCAACUUCAAAGUGGUUCAUCCAUUAAACGGACCCGGUGCUCAUCAUGGACAAAGGGGCAGACCUUUUCCCAGGAGACCUCAAGGGCCAAUUGUUCCCUUGGUCCAAACCGGUCACCGGUUGCACAAGUUCAAAACUGCGUUGAAGGUAGUGACUCCGGCUGAUAGGAAGUUUGAUGUGGUAUAUCCGCAUGGAGUGGAGGAUGAUUCAAUCAUAUCGCAAAUAGCUAGGUUCGGCAACUUUGACAAUUUCGUCAUCGGAUUCUUAAUCAACUACGUUUACAACAGGUACGUUCGUAAUCAGUUCUUGAGAGAUGUGCCAGCCAUUAUUGCGGAUCAAGUGCCAACCAUUCUGAAUACUCUGGGUUUUGGUGGAAGAAAACGGUCAUUGAAUAAUGGUCCAUUAUUGGACCCAGCUGUAUAUAGCAUUGCUUCAAACGAUUCUGAUACCCUCAUUGAAGCCUUGGCCAUGCCAGAUGACUUGUGGAGAGGCUUUAGUGAAUGGAACUACUUCAGUGUGUAUGAUAUAGACUCUCUGUUCACUCUACUGGACGCAAUUGAAGAGCAACCAAGCCACCCGGAUAAUUCGGGACCCCGGGAGUCACUUGAUGCGCCUAUUGAAAGUGCCAAAUUGGACCAAACCAAACCAGACCAACCUUUGCCCGCAAUAGAUUCCAAAAGGAGGAGGCGAGAAACCGAAAACUCUAGGAUCGAUUUUAUUGAUGCCAAGGAGUAUCUGCAAAAAGUGGUCUAUCCAUCUAUGUCCAAAAACGACGCCAAGAUCAACAUUAAUCCUCCCUCGCAAUCAAAUUUCCAAUACAAAGAGGAGUACAUGAAAGAGAACGCUGACAUGCUUCAGAAUGUUCUCAAGAACCAAAGCAUUCAAAAUGUCAUUCACCAAAUUGAUACCAAAACUUCAGAUUUUAUCAAAAAACUCAUUUCCCCGGACACUGAGCUCAUCAAAGUCAACGAUACGUUGCAGAUCCUCAGAAUCAAGGAUCUCCCUGCCAAGCAAAAUAACGGAUUCUCCUCCACUCAACUCACCACGACCUUGAACAGUAUCCGGAGCACCCAAACAGAGGCUCCUGUAACGCACAUGCCUAACCAAAUCAAUCAAUUCAGUUCGACGGCGGGGCGUCCCAUGUACCCCAAUUACUGGUCUUCGGAGUCACGCCCAAUUUUAACAGACAGCACCACCACAAUUCCCUCACCAUCAACCAUUCAUUCAACCACCAACAGAGCCUCUGCGCCUUCAGUCUCAAGAGUUUCUUC